CAGAGUAAACUCGUGUGUGGAAAAAGUUAGGGUAAAGCCCCGCUCGUCGCCGUCUCUCUUCCCCCAAUGGCACAGUGGAUCUCCUCGACGCCGUGCAACGCGUCCAGCUGCGAGGCGACAGAGGAGGCGCCGCUGCUGGACGUCGAGAAGGGCGUACCCGAAGAACGCGCCACGGCGUCGCCGGCGGAUGAUGGGGGCGUGGAAACGUCCGGCUGCCGGCGCUUUUUCCAGGGGUUCUUGGCCGUUGUGUGGCUGUGCAUGGUGAAUCAGAUGAGGAUAGCCUAUAACGCCUACGGUGACGCCGAAACGAGACCGCUCAUGGUGUUUCUGCUGGUAGUGAUGGCCUUGAGUGUCGGCAACGUGUUUCACAUGUUCAGCACACAGCCUGCGUAUCCUCCGGCAUAAUCUACCUCCGUGUUUCACUGAUUUAUUUGGUAGCUAGCUCGCUUUUACCAC